AUGGACGUCGUUCUUGAGCCUGUCGUCUCCGAACUCGUUAAGGGGUUGCUUAAGAUAUUGAGGUCCAAUGAAGUGCGAGACUUUGCCCGGCAGCUUGUUGGAGGGGUAGAUUCAGAGAUCAAAGAGCUGGAGAACAAGUUAAAGAUGGUUGAAAACCUUCUUCGCAAUGCAGAAAACUGGCAGCUGGUGGAUAAACAAGUCAAAGAAUGGCUUGACAAUCUUCAACACUGGGCUUAUGAUGCAGAGGACUUACUGGAUGAGUUUGCCUACGAAGCUUUGCGACACAAACGCAAGGCAGAACACCAGGCUAGCUCCAGCAGAGGAUUUAGCUGUCUCCCUGCUUGUUUCCCCAGUCGUUCGUUUGCUUUCAAGAUGGGAUCCAAGAUCAAAGAAAUCAAUAGCCGGUUGGAACAACUCUGUGAGCAAAGAUCUGAAGAACGUAAGUUGCCGAAGCUUUCUGGACUGCCAGCAACUAACGUCGCUGCACCGCCAAAACCAGAGGAAACUUCUAGCGUCCCACUCGGACAAGUUUAUGGCAGAAACGAAGAUGAAGUCGAAUUACUGAAAAUGGUGAAAAGUGGUGCCAACUUUCAACUAAUAGCAGUUGUCGGCGUGGGAGGGAUCGGCAAAACAACAAUUGCUCGAGAAGUGUACAAUCACAAGGAGUUGGAAGAUAUCAAGUUUGAGAAAAAAGCGUGGGUGUGUGUUUCAACCACCUUUGACGUUCUCACAAUCUCAAAGAAACUUCUUCAGCAAUUUUCGUCCUCCGUUCCAGAUAAUUUAAAUGAUGUCCAAGUUCAGCUGAAAGGGGCAGUAAGUGGAAAGAAAUUCUUGAUAGUAUUAGACGAUAUAUGGAAGGUGGAGUACAUCGAAUGGGAAAAGCUUAAGUCUCCUUUUGCAGCUGGUGCACUUGGAAGCACGAUGAUCGUGACAACACGCCAUGAACAUGUUGCAAAAGAAAUAAGAUGCUCUCAUACUUAUCAAUUGAAGCUCUUAUCCGACGAAGCUUGUAAAUCCUUGUUUAAGGAGCACGCGUUUGGGACUGGUGCAGCUGCUAAUGCUGAUCAAAUUUUCAUUUCAAUUUAUGAUAGAGUUGUUAAAAGGUGCAAAGGCCUACCACUGGCAGCAAAGACCCUCGGUUGUCUUCUACACUCAAAGCCGAGCAAUGCUUGGGAAGAAAUAUUAGAAAGCAAAAUAUGGAGUGCAUUUGAUGAAAGUGAUCACAUUCUCCCAACAUUAAAGCUGAGCUAUCAUUAUCUUCCUUCGAAUCUAAAAAGAUGUUUUGGCUAUUGCGCAAUAUUUCCUCAAGAUUACGAAUUUGAGGAGAAGGAACUUGCACUUUUAUGGAUUGCGGAAGGUAUUGUUCAACCAUCAAAUAAGCAACUGGAUAAGGCAGGUCAGUGUUUUCAUAAAUUGUGUUCAAGGUCGUUUUUCCAACAAUUGAGUAGUGAUAGUUCCAAAUAUGUUAUGCAUGAUCUUGUUCAUGAUCUUGCUCAAUCAGUUUUUAAAGGAAUCAGUUUUAGAUCUGAGCAAAAUAUUGUUGAGUCAUCAGAAAAUUUCGAAAAGAUUCGUCAUUUUACUUAUGAACCUGAUGAGUACACUAAAAAAAAUAAAUUUAAAGCCUUGGAAAAGGCAAAAAGUCUGAGAACUUUUUUGCAUGUGAGGCAUGAGUUUGCAAGUUAUAUAAGUGCUAUAGUUAUCUUUGAUUUGUUGGCGAAGUUAGACAUGUUGAGAGUACUAUCUUUUGAAGGACACUCCAUCAUUUAUUUACCUAAUUCAAUUGGAGGUAUGAAACAUUUAAGAUAUCUCAACUUCUCUAAUACUUUGAUAAAAAGUUUGCCAGAGUCAACAUGCCAGUUAUUUAACUUGCAAACUUUGCUAUUGAAAUAUUGUUCUGUUCUCAUGAAGUUACCUUCCAACAUGAGAUAUUUGACCAAUUUAUAUCAUCUUGAUAUAAGUGGCCAAAAUUCAUUAAAAGAGAUGCCAUUUGGAAUGAAAGAGUUGGAAAAUCUUCAAAUAUUGUCAAAUUUUAUUGUGGGCAAGAAUGCAGGUUCUAAUUUGGAAGAUUUGAAAAGCUUAAGUUUGCUUCAAGGGGAGCUUCACAUUUCAGAAUUACAGAAUGUGACAAAUUCAAAUCAAAUACGGGAGCAAAUACUAAGCAAUAAGAACAAUCUAAAAGUGUUGUUACUAGAAUGGGGAUAUGAAGAAAACUCAAUGAAAGCAGAUAUAGAAAUGAAGCUACUUGACAAGCUAAAGCCUCCUAGCAAUUUAAAAGAACUCACAAUCAGAGGCUAUGGUGGUGAAAGUUUUCCAUCUUGGUUAGGAGAUUGCUCAUGGCUCUCUAAUUUGGUGGUUCUUAAAUUAGAAGAAUGUAAGAGGUGCAUGUCUUUGCCUUCACUUGAAAUGUUGAGCUCACUUGAAGACUUAACCAUUAAAGAGAUGGCAAGUCUAAAAAGAAUAGAUUUUCAAACACCUUUCAAGUCAUUAGAAUUUCUUCAUUUUGAGAAUUUAAAAGAAUGGGAGCAUUGGGACAGAUGGAGAGGAAAUGAAAUUUUCCCUAAGUUGCGUGUGCUUUCUAUUAUUGAAUGUCCCCAACUUAUUGGAGAAGCACUUGAUUAUCUUUCUUCAUUAGAAAGAUUUGUUAUUAAGAAUUGUCCAAAGUUGGUGGUCUCAUUCUCAAAUUAUCCAAUACAUUGCAAAUUAGAAAUUGAUGAUUGUGAAGGAAUGGUGUGUGAUGAUGGUUCGAUUGAUUUUAAGUUGUUGGAUUCUAAAUAUCUUGCAAAUAUUCCGAUGGUUGAAGAUAAAUUAAAGAAAGGUUUUCAAAGAGUAGAUCGUUUGAAGAUUGUUCAUAAUGAAGAGAUUAUAGAAUCAUGGCAAAGUUUGGAAAACACCAAUUUUCUUUCCAAUGUAAAUUCUCUUGAGAUAAGUGAGUGUCAGAAUCUAAGAUCUAUUGGAAGGGGUAUGCUACCAUCAUUUUUGAAAGAAUUUUAUAUUAAUUCCUGUCAGAGUCUAACAUUCAUUGAUAGCGAUGUCUUACCUUUAUCUCUAAAAAGACUUAGGAUUGAAAGAUGUGGAGAACUGAAAUUUUUGAAGGAUUUAAGUGUUUGUUCUCUUAUUGAGUCCAUAAGAAUUUUUUCGUGUAAAUCUCUCAAGUACAUAUCAUUAGAUGGUCCGUUGCCUGAGACACUCAACCAACUAGAUGUUAAAGAUUGCAAAGCGCUGGAAACAUUAUCAUCUCGUAGAAAUGAGUACCUCCCUAGGGCACUUACAUCCAUCUAUAUUAUUGUUUGUGAAGAGCUAAAGUCAAUUGCUGAGUCCUUUGAUAAUAGCACGUGUCUUCGAAAAAUAAGUUUAUUUGAUUGUAAAAAUCUUGAAUCCUUACCUUCAGGUCUACACCAUCUUCCUUGCCUUGAGUCUAUUUAUAUAAUAAAAUGUCCAAAAUUGUCGGUGAGAGAAGGUGUUCCCACCAGCCUUAGACAACUCUUAAUUAAUGAAUGUGAAGAUGGCAAGGGAAUGGGAAUGCUCGCCUCUCUAAAACAUUUGAUCAUCUGGGACCUCCCACAACUUAAAUCUAUCUCAGACCUCACCAAUCUCACCUCUCUAAAAUACUUGUUUAUCAACAAACUCCCUCAGCUUGAACUAAUUCCAAAUCUCAGCGGCCUCACCUCUCUUGAAGAUUUACAAAUUUCCAAAUGCCCAAGGAUCAAAUCAAUUCCAAGUCUCAGCGGCCUCACCUCUUUUCAAGAGUUGGAGAUCGCUGAUCUGCCACAGCUUGAAUCAAUCCAAGAUCUGAGCAACCUCACCUCUCUUGAAGAUUUACAAAUUUCCGAAUGCCCAAAACUCAGAUCCCUGCAAACCCUGCCAUCCUCACUUCAGUCUUUACAAAUUACAGAUUGUCCACUGCUUAUAAAACGAUGGAAAAGUGUUACGGGAAAAUAUUCCUCAAAGAUUGCUCAAAUUCCUAAAGUUGUAAUAGAUGGCAAAUUCAUCUACAAUUCAAAGGAGUACGAAGUUGAUGAUGGGAGCUUCUUUCUCUAA